AUGGAGCAACAAAUCCAACUCGAUCCUUCCAAGCUCUCUGCAUCGGAUAAAAAGGAAUUGCAGCAGAUACUGGCCAACGAGGCCCAGAAAACAAAUAUCCAACAAACUGUUCACCACCUUACCGACGUAUGCUGGAAGAAAUGUGUCCCCGGAAAAGUCAGCGGCGGUGCAUUGGAUAAAAAUGAGCUCUCAUGUGCCCAGAACUGCGUUAACCGAUGGAUGGAUGCCAAUCUCUCUGUGAUGAAGCAUUUGGAAACACUGAGAGGUAGCCAAUAG